GGCCGCGCUGUCUGCUUCUCGUCUGCGCCCAUCUCGCCGAGUGCGAGCGCCUGAGGCCGGCUCGGGGGAUGUAAGAGCCCAAGCCCCUCGGCUCCCAGGCACUGAGUGGGUCGGGAUUUGCCAGCCGGACCCCGGCUCCAGCUUCGCGAGCUCGGUCCCCACCCGAGCGACCCAGCCCGACGGCGGGUUCAGGCUGGCCGGCGGCCGCCGCGCGCCCAGGCUUGGCUUCGCUGCGCGCCCAGAAGAUGAAUCCGGUCUCGGGACCCCCUCCGCUCCCGCCGCCCGGGCAGCAAGUGAUCCACGUCACGCAGGACCUCGACACAGACCUCGAAGCCCUCUUCAACUCGGUCCGGAACCCCAAGCCCAGCUCGUGGCGGAAGAAGAUCCUGCCCGAGUCGUUCUUCAAGGAGCCUGACUCGGGCUCACACUCGCGCCAGUCGAGCACCGACUCGUCGGGCGGCCACCCCGGCCCCCGACUGGUCAGCGGUGCCCAGCACGUCCGCUCACACUCGUCGCCCGCGUCCCUGCAGCUGGGCACGGGUGCGGGCGCGGCGGCCAGCCCCGCGCAGCAGCACGCGCACCUUCGCCAGCAGUCCUACGACGUGACGGAUGAGCUGCCGCUGCCCCCAGGCUGGGAGAUGACCUUCACGGCCACUGGCCAGAGGUACUUCCUCAAUCACAUAGAAAAAAUCACCACAUGGCAAGACCCUAGGAAGACGAUGAAUCAGCCUCUGAAUCAUAUGAACCUCCACCCUGCCGCCGCAUCCACACCAGUGCCUCAGAGGGCCAUGGCCGUGUCCCAGCCAAAUCUUGUGAUGAAUCACCAACACCAGCAGCAAAUGGCACCCAGUAGCCUGAACCAGCAGAAUCACCCUACUCAGAACCCACCGGCAGGGCUCAUGAGCAUGCCCAACGCGCUGACCACUCAGCAGCAGCAGCAGCAGAAACUGCGACUGCAGAGGAUCCAGAUGGAGAGAGAGAGGAUUAGGAUGCGCCAGGAGGAGCUCAUGAGGCAGGAAGCUGCCCUCUGUAGACAGCUCCCCAUGGAAGCCGAGACUCUGGCCACGGUUCAGGCUGCUGUCAACCCACCUGCCAUGACCCCAGACAUGAGAUCUAUCACUAAUAACAGCUCAGAUCCUUUUCUCAAUGGAGGACCGUAUCAUUCGAGGGAGCAGAGCACCGACAGUGGCCUGGGGCUGGGGUGCUACAGUGUCCCCACAACUCCGGAAGACUUCCUCAGCAACGUAGACGAGAUGGACACAGGAGAAAAUGCGGGACAGACACCCAUGAAUAUCAAUACCCAGCCGACCCGCUUCCCUGAUUUUCUUGACUGUCUUCCGGGAACAAACGUUGACCUAGGAACUUUGGAAUCUGAAGAUCUGAUCCCCCUCUUCAAUGAUGUAGAAUCUGCUCUGAACAAAAGCGAGCCCUUUCUAACCUGGCUGUAAUCGGUUCCAUUGUAACUUGGAUGCGGCCGUGACCUGACAUUUCUUGGGCCUCUUGGGAAAAGGGAUGGGUCAGAGCAAACCUACAGGUGCAGCACUUUCUGCCUCCAUGACCCUUGCUCUCCCCUUUCCAUGCGGCCAGUUUAAUCAUUGCCUGGAUUUGAUUGACAGUAACUUAAGUUAAACUCAUAAAUAAAUAUUCUGUUUUCAUUUUCUGCAAGCCUGCAUUCCUGGGAUGGAUUAUGCAGAACUAUUUCUGCAGAGUUGAAUCUCCUCUUUUUUCUCUCUCUCUUUUUCUCUCUCUGUCUUUCUGCUGCCCCAUGACUAAGCUGUAUGAGUGGUAGUUGAAAUUGAUAGAUCGAUUGAUUAGAAACCAUAAAAUGCUGACUACAGGCAGUAUCUUCUGACAGGCGGCUUGGUCCAGGAAAUGUGCACAAAAUUAGACCCGAUUUGCAGUUUCAGAAACUGUGUAGAUGGCAGUAGUAUCAAAUGCUUUAAAAAAUACUUAACUUGAGCUUUAAAAAUUAUUGUAUGGAUAGUACAAUUCUGCUGUAGGAAAUACAGUGUAGUUUUGAACCCAGGCUGCCCCUGAUGGCUCUUAAUUACUCUGUAUCUACAAAGGCACACACGGCCCUGUCGCAGUCUGUCCUGUGUAGCAUCUAGACAGCUAGUCCUUCCAGUGGGGGCAUAGCAGCAUUGUUAGUCACAGUUCUCACACUGCAAAGCUUGUAAAAAAGACACCGGUUUGGUACUAAUCUGAAGCAUUUAAUGAGCAAAACUUUUUAAAAUUGCAAGUUCGAUUUUUUUUUUUUCUUUAAAAUUGCAAUUUAGAAUUGGAUGUGGAGAUUAUAAAGCACUAGAAUUUUGUAGUCGAAGACAAAAGGCAGCCCAGUGUUUCAGAUAAAUCAGGGGCAGCUCUGUGUUUUGCCUUUUGAAACUCUCCUGACACCAUCAGGACCACAGAGCUUUGGGCCUGAUGGGACACACAAUAAGCCGUUGCUUCUUAAAUUCUGAGGCCUUGUCAGUUUUGCUUUUUGAGAUUUCAGGUGUUUGAAAUGAUCUUAUCUCUGAAACUGUUUAGAAGACGAAGCGGAUCCCUGACCGGCGUGUAAGAAACGCUCUCUGAGGGUGUGAGCUGGAGACCUGUGUUUCUGAAUUCAGCACUAAUGGAACCCUUAGUAUAUUAUCUUACCUUGUUUGCUACAGUUGGUAUAAGAAGGCCUGCAAUAUGUACUCAAUACCUCUUAUGUAACCAGGAACAUUAUUUUAUUAGCUUUUAAGGACUGAGAGACAGCAUCAGGCUCACCCGGCCUGCAGUCUGCCUGCCAUGCCAUGAAGUCCUCAACUGCUCAAUAUCUCCAGCUGACACUAUUUAUAAUCUAUGAAUUUAAUCUCUUUAAAAAAUGCAUUGUUUUUUGGGAAGACAUUCAUAAUUCAGGUCUCUGGGAGGAACCUUUCAGUUCCCAAUGGGGCUUAUUUGUGGAGGAUCUUAAAUCGGAUCCUUUUGGCUCUGCCAGAAUAUAGACAUGCAGAAUACAUUGUACCUUGUUGGGAAGAAGGCAAGUGAAAAGGUUGGAGACGAAGUAGGGAAGUUAAGGACUAGAGUAGAAAGGAUGCUAGUUGUGAAAUGGAAUUAGAUAAGUAAUAGUUCCCCAAAUGCAAGACAAGCAGGAGGGGUGAGAGGUGCCCAAAAAGAACAAAGCAACGAUUUCCUGCUACAACCUUUAUACCCAAAGACUGUUGUAGCAGAAAAGGCGGCUUUGGUGCACUUUAUGGGGAGCAGGAAGGCCGGGCAGGCGUUGCCCUGCCCACGUUAUUGCUGACCAUGUAGCAGGUGGAGCACAAACCUGCUGUGGCUUCCAGCUCAAUCCGGUGAUUUCUUUUUCCUAAAGGAGCCAUGGUUUCUGUUCCCCUAAUUCCUUUCCCUCUCUCUAAGCACUCUAAGACACAGGGCAGAUGUCUCUGUUGCUACUAAAUUGAAGGGAGAGCUAUUUCUUUUUCUUGUUUGUUAGCUAUAAUUGCAAAGAGAAUUGUACAUUCUUUCUAAGCAAAAAAAAAAAAACAAGGGACCUAACAAAACUGAGCAGUGUUACUGUAUUUUUUAAAAAAUAUUUUUAUAGACUCAUUUUCAGGUUAUUAAAUAUAAGAAACACAUACCCCUCUUUUUUUUUUUAAUAAUUAAAACAGUGAUAGUUUUUGCAUUACCGAUUUUUAGAAGUCAUUCUCUAAGAGGCUUGUGGCAUUAGAAGAUACUAGUUGUUUUUUUUUUUUUUUUUAGUGAAAUUAGUUGGAACAUUUAUUAAUGAACAUCAUAAAUAUUUUUCCAAAAAAAACAACAUAGAAUCUGACUAUAUGUUUACUAAUAGAUAAAGCCAGAUGUAAUUUUUUGUUUGCAUUUUGAGACCAUAAGAUAUGGCCGUUAUAGAAGAACACUAAAGCUAGAAACCCUAAAGCAAGGACAACUUUUUAAUGGCCAUUUUUCAUUGACGUAAAUGUAAAAUUCCCUGAGGAAUUCAUGAUAAGGUGCUAUUUAUACUACAUUUCUUAUUAUAAAACAACUGCCAAGAUAUCUAGUCUUUUUAAUCCUAAAUGAAUCAACAAACUUCACCACUUCACCCAAUAAUUUUGCCAUGGAAAAGGUGUAUUAGAAAGUGAAGUUGAAAAAUAAUUUCAGAGACCUUUCUUUGAAGGUUUCUUUUCCCCCAUACAAAAUAUAGUGUCUUGAAGUAAAUACAUUGUCAAAACCCAUUUGUAACUCUACUAAAUCUAAAGAGUUGUUAGACAGUGUUUCACUAUAGUAUUUAGGAUGAGAAUACCAUUUCUUUCACUGAUUAUACCAUAUAGAGGAAGCAUGUAAAACAGUAAAAAAUUUAGUGUGCUGGGGGUGCUGUUGACCACAUCUUGGUGGAAGAGUUCUCAGUGGAAGAAAGUGAUCUGGAAUGAGAAGAGUAUUGCUAAUUACAACUUGUGUUCAUGAUGUAAUUAGAAAGUAACUCCUGAAAGUGCAACUUUUAUGAAAAAAAAAAAAAGGAAACCAUAGAUUAAUUUAAUUGGGAAAAUGGGUGAUUGACAGAGACCUUUUCCCUAAUACACUACAUCAUUUAUGUGCUAGUACUUUAACUUUUUUUUAAAAAUUUACAUUUUGUAAUAUGACAUAUGUGUGUUUAUUUUUAAUUUAGAAUGCUAUGCAUACAGAAAGUAUGCCGCUAAAUCAAUCAGAUCAAACUAUUUCACCUGGAGUUUGGUACUGGUUUUUACUUCUGAUUCUGUAUAAGAAAAAUAAAUGCAAUUGAAUUUCCACUUGGA